AUGGCAAAAUUGACGGAACCUGCAUCUUGGCCGAUUCCUGAAACAGAUGCUGGGCUGUUCACUCUUAUUCUCGCGAUCAGACUCGCCAACUCUCUCUCAAUCAAUACUUUUUUCCAAGCCGACGAGUACUGGCAAGCACUUGAGCCUGCACAUUAUCAGAUUUUUGGCUAUGGUUACCUGACCUGGGAAUGGCGUCAGGGAAUCCGGUCUUUCAUGCAUCCUUUGCUUUACGUUCCAAUCUACAAAGUAUGUCAAAUCUUGAGUCUCGACUACGCAUAUCUGCUUUAUCUGCCUAAGGCGAUGAACGCGUUGAUCUGUGCGGUCGGUGAGACAUUCCAGUACAAGCUCACAUGUAAAUGGACCCAGGACCCUUCAGUUAGACGCGCAAUGUUUUACUUGAGUUUAUUUUCGCCAUUCAAUUGGUAUUGUUACUGCCGGUCAUUCUCAAACUCACUCGAGCUAGCACUCACGACUGUGGCACUGUUUUUAUACCCUGAGACAUUUGGUGUUCACUACAUCUACUCUAUGGCAAUUGCAGGGCUGUGUUGUAUAAUUAGGCCAACAAACGGCCUGAUAUGGGUGGUUUACGGGCUGCGAAACUUCUACAGAGGUCCUCGGCUCAAAAUCAUAAUAUCCACCAUUCUCAUUGGUAUCGCCGUUUUGAGCGUCGACCUCAUAGUAAACCGUUAUUUCUACGGCUCUUGGAGAAUUCCCUACAUCAAAUUUCUCGACUUCAAUGUGUCUAAGAACCUCUCAUCUUUUUACGGAGUGUCAAGGUUGGAUUUCUACUUUCUUCAGGCUAUUCCUGUGAUACUAUUGACCUAUCUCCCAUAUUUUAUGAUUGGGUUACUAGUCAAGAAGUCAAGAGAGCUCAAAUUGGUACUCAUCAUAAAUCUUUUGGUAUUCUCCUUGAUUCAGCACAAAGAAUUCCGAUUCAUUUAUCCCAUGAUGCCUAUUUUGCUCUUCUUUGCCACACAUGGGAUGCUCUAUGCGCUCAGAAAACUCAAACCUUUAACAUCAUCCAGCUUGAUUCUUUUCAUUGCACUACUGAACACUGCUAUGGCAUUCUAUUUUACACAGAUUCAUGAGAGUGGGGUCAUUACCGUCACCCGAUACCUUAGAGAUGAAAUUGGUAGCAGUCAAUCCUCCAUCGGAUUUUUGACGCCGUGUCACUCUACUCCAUUUCAAAGUCAUUUCCACCUACAUCCAAAUCAGGUAGAUAUUUGGUUCUUGACAUGCGAGCCUCCGUUGCAACUAAGUUCCUCAUCAGAUCUAGCUACUUAUAGAGACGAGUCGGAUGAAUUUUAUGACGAUAUGCCAGGAUUUUUGCAGCGCAACUUCCCCUCCCUUACUGCAGACAAAUCAAAGGAUGAGACCAAAGGACCCUAUCCGCAUACAUGGCCUGAAUACUUAGUUUUUUUUGAGAGCCUGGAGCAAUUCAUGAAAGAAUACCUCCGUAAUAGCAGCUACUCAGAACACCAUCGAAUUUUUAAUAGCAGAUUUCACUGGGAUUCUCGCAGGACGGGAGAUGUCAUUAUAUACAAGCUUAAUUAG